AUGGAGCAGCUUGACAAAGACCAGCUCCCACAGAACUGGAGGGCACCUUUAAUCAAGGUAGUCAGCAACCAUGUUUGGCAAGUCUGCGAGCGCGUCGACAUGACUGAUCCUGCGAACCAUCCGAGCGUUGAUGGCAGCGGCAAGUCUCCGGCAUAUGGUGCCUAUGCGGGGCCCGUGGAGCAGCUUCUCAACAACGCGUUUGAAGGAGCCCUGAAGAACUGGGAGAUCGGUCCGUUUGCCGCUUGGAUUGGGAAGACCAAGGUGUUCAACGAUCUGGACCUUCAGUGGGACUUUGCAAUUUCACUGCCCAACCAGCACCUCACACGGCCGGUAGGCAGCGCGGAGCCGACAGGGACAGCAGCGACCGUGCGGCGGCCCACGAGGCAGCCGCAGGGUGCCGCAAGAGCCAACUGUGAUGCAACGUCAUUUGGCUACUCCCACCACACCCAUGCACUGCAGACGGCAGCUAUGGUGGAGGAAGAGGAGGACAUUCCCGUGGAGGAGCAGUGGUCCCUCAUCGUGUGGCUCAAACCUGGGGAGAGGGGAACAACAGUGGACUUGCGGCGCUUCACGGCGGUGGUAGACAAGAUGGCCAACCCCGCCUUCAUCAAGUCAGCUGACGGGUCCUGGGACAUCUUUCUGUCGCAUUUCCAAGGCAACGCAGGCAACACAGUCAUGUCGUUGAAGGCGCUGCUCGAGUCUGCGAGUCCCGGUCUACGGUGCUGGCUGGACAAGGACGAGGACGCCACGGAGGCCGGCAUGCGGCGAGGCGUAGCGGGAUCCAAAUACUAUUUGGUGUUCCUCACGAAGGGUGUGUUCACACGGCCAUUUGUACAACUCGAAGCGAGGGAGGCGCUGGCGUUGGGCAAGCCCGUCAUUCUGGUGCACGAGACCGAUCAACGGUUCGGCGCUGCACCGGGCUUCAAUGACUACGUCGCUGAAGCGCCUCCCGAUCUGAAGCAGAUUUUUUCUCUGGCCAACUCGAUUCCCUGGUACAGAGAAGAGGAGUUCAGGGCGGGUGACACGAGCGAGGCGAGUGCAUUCCUCUCGACUACUUCCAUGGCCCGACCCUUCCCGGCUUCUAGGGUUUCCAUGGCUCGACACUUCCCGGCUUCUAGGGUUUCCAUGGCUCGACACUUCCCGGCUUCUAGGGUUUCCAUGGCUCGACACUUCCCGGCUUCUCCUCGAUAUUGA